UUGGUAAAGUGGCAGCAGAAAUACAAUCUGUGAAAAUUUGAAAUUUCAACAAUCAUGGGUAAUAAGAUCUAGCCUGAUCACGGCCGGACUUAACUACAUAAAGAUAAAAAUCAUUUACAUAAUUUUUUUUGAUUUUUACUAUUCCCGUUAAUCUCUUCAAGACCAUUUAAAAGUUCCAUCACUUCGAUAGACGAUUUAUGGCGUCUGUUAUCCAUAGACCAAAUAUUCACAAGACACAACCAACAUAGAAGUUAGAGUUUGAUGUUUGUUAAGUUUGUUUGACACGCGCUGUGAUUGCUGUGAAAUGGAAUGGACGGCGGACGCCAUUAUUUGUGUUCGUGCUUCUGUUUGUCGAUGUGACUGAUAGUUCACUAGAGAUUGAACUAUACUCUUGAGAAUAAUUAAUACUAGUUCAGAUGUCUAGUGAUUUAAUUCAUUUUAUCUUGUGUAUUCGGAUUAUGUGACGCACAUUAUACAAAUUCGAAAGAGACACUUGACAUUGUGAUGUCGGGCGGUCGGCUUGUGGUACUGGACCGGGCCGGGCGCGAUGUGAAACGCUUCCCGCUGGCCGAGGGGCUGGCCACACUGGGCAGUGAUCCCGCAUGCGACAUACGUAUCAUGCUGCCUUCAGUCUGCCCUCAUCAUGCUACUGUUGUGGUACAUGCAAAUCAGACUGUAGUACGUAAUGUGGGCGGGGAGGAGACGCUGGUGAACGGGCGCGGCGUGAGUGUGGCGGCGCUACAGCACGGUGACGUCAUCAGCAUCGGCGGCCGCCAGCUGCGCUGGGACUACAGCGACGCCAGCGCCAGCCGCCCGCAGGCGCCCGAGCCCGCGCUGGCAGUGCGGCGGCGGGCGGCCCGCGGCGGGCGGCGCUCGGCCCCCGCGCCCCCCGCGCCCCGCGACCGCGCGCUCUGCCUCGCGCUCGAGAUCACGCACCGCGCCUCCAUGCCAGGUAAUGCUGGUGGCAAACAAGUAGCGAUUGUCCAACCCCAAAGAAGAGAUACCAGUGAGCAAACUGAUAAAAAUCCGCCGCGUACUCCGAUGCAAGCCAACAAGCGUCCGAGGACAUCAAAGAGCGAUCUGGAUUCAUCAUCGACCGAUGACAACGACAAGACGAAGCGCAAGUCGGGCGCGGCGCGCAGCCUGCAACACACAACCAAGGCCACGCUGUGGAUCGAGUCGCGCAAGUCGUCGCCCCGGCCGCGCCGCUCCCCGGGCGCGCCCCGCUCCGCGCCCCGGCCCGCGCCCCGGCCCGGGCCCCGGCCCGCGCCCCGGCCCGCGCCCCGCUCGGCCCGGCGGCCGGCCCCGCUGCGGCUGGCCGCGCUGCGACGCGCGCGCUCGGCCCCGCGCUCGCCCGUGGCCAAGAUCCAGGCGCCGCUCACUAUAGACCACACGAAGCAAGCCGCGUUGCUGCUGAUGACGGGCCGCACGCCGCGCGCCAAGCCCAGCGCCGGUGACCCCGACGACCGCAUGGAAUCGAUUGUAGAUAUAUCAGAUUCUGAUGGGCGGACUUCAUCCGCAUCGCGUCGAUCGGAACAAAAGGGUUCGAAGAUAUCCAGCACACCUAAUAGUCCUAAAAAGUCUGCUCUGAGAGAUCCUUUCGCUAAGCGAGGCUCCAGGAAGACAGAGUCUAUAAAGUUCGACUUGAGCAACUUGGAGAGUCACUCGCGCUCGGGCGUUAGCGACGCGGAGGAGUCGCUGCCGCUGCGCUACUCGUCGUCGCCGGGGUCCGCGCGCGGCCCGCCCCCGGGCCCCUCGCGCCCCUCGCCGGGGUCCGCGCGCGACCCGCCCCCGGGCCCCUCGCGCCCCUCGCCGGCCUCCGCGCGGCGGCCGCUGCAGUCGCGCGCGGCCCGCAUGCUGCGCGAGCUGGCCUCGCGCCCGCAGUCCGCCGAGCCCGCCGAAACCUACUCCAUCGUGGACUUAGUUUCUAUCGACACUGAUGAAUCUUCGCAUUCUACAUCCGUGUACGAUUCUGCGCGCUCCACUGAUAACACCGUUUAUAAGACGCAACUCAAUAGCACAGGCAGGAGAACUAGGUCCACCAUCGAACCCACCCUGCUGGGUUCCAGCACGCCCUACGCGAAAGCCAGGAAGACGGCCGAUCGUUCUCGUUCGAGCGUCUAUCUGAAAAAUAAUUCGACUUCUGAAUUACAAGCGUCGGCUAGAAGUUCAACUACAAGACGUUCGAAGUCUUUAUCGACACCAGAAAAUACGGAAGAUGCUAAAAAACAUAUCUCAGUGAACAGUACCAGAGUGUCGCGCGCGUCACGUAGCAGGUCACGAAUUAACGAUAGUGACUUGUUACUUGUUGAUGACGAUGAUGAUUCGCCUAGAACUUCAAAAAGAGUAAGUACUGCUUCAAAAUCUACCAGAUCCGGUAGGCAAACGGGUAGUAUUGACGUAACCGCAACUCCUACCGGGAGUCCCGCACACAACGAGGGCAUCUGUACUCCAGAGAACAGACACAGUCCCGAGGAAGCCAGUACCCCAGUGCUAAGUAUUCAGAGUCUUUUAGAUUCUAGCCAAAGUUCCAUGAUGUCACAGAUAUCUUUUAAGAAAGGCAAUUCUUCGUUUAAUACUAAGCGAAAAACUAUAGGAGUUAUAACAGGACCCAAAACCAGGAUAGGUAACAAGUCGAAGUCCUUGAAUUUCAGUGCUAGAAAAACUAGAUUGAGAUUAAGUAGUGAAUCAGUAGAAGCAGUAAAUCUAACUGAUGAUGGCAGUCAACAAGACAGUGACAUAGUAACACCCAAGAGUGCUGUCAAGUUAGUACAAGAAGGUGUUAAGAACAAGCAUUCGACGGCUAAGAAACCGCUGUCAAAACGCUCCAUAAUCGACGAUCUAAAUGAGUCUGAUAUCGUCAAGCAAUUGUUCAACAGUCCCGUUAAGAGGAAGCUGUCGCAGAGUAUGACCGAAUUUUCUAGAAAGCAACUGUUUGAAGACGAUGAGAUAGUAUUGAGUAAGCGGUCGACACGCAACACGAUCGCGCUGACCGGCAGGACGCCCGACACCUCGCUGCUGGACCACUCCGACGCAUACACUCCGGAACUGUUUGUCAGCCCCAUCAGCACUCCCACCCACAGCCCUAACUUAGACGGCAUUAAACUUCUGUUUGCCAAAUCCACUCCUGAAAAUGAUUUAAGAAACGUCAGGGGUGUAAAGGGCCUGUUGCGCACUCCUCGCACCAGGAGGUCUAUCAGAAAUGAUUUAACAAACGUGUCCGGAGUCAAGUCAUUAUUCGCAAAGAGUCCUAAAAAUCGUUUAAGCGAUGUUCGUGUCAAAGAAGUGUUUGCCUCCUCACCUAAAAAUGAUUUACGGCGCGUAUCUGGUGUUAAAUCACUCUUUCAGUCAAAAAAACCACGAAAGUCACCACGAAACGAAUUGGUUGAUGUUAGGGGUGUCAAAAAGUUGUUUAAAGUAAAUAGCCCCGUUAACGACUUGCGUAAUGUGUCCGGUGUGAAGCGGACACUGCGCGGACACAGUCCUAGAAACGACUUGACCGACGUGAGGGGAGUGAAGCAGACGUUCCGGCGCGGGACCCGGAACGACCUCACCGAUGUCAGCGGUGUCGAGGAGUUGUUCAACGUGUCCAACCAGUCGCACAGGGACGCUAACGAUAGCUUAUUUGAUCAGCUUGUCGGAAAGCCACAAUUGAGGGCAGUCUAUUCCAAAACAUUUUCAAGUAAAGGAGUACAAAAGAAAAAGGCUCGUAAAACAAAAUCUCUUCACGCGUCUUUGGAUUUCAUAACCAACAACGUGGAAGAGUGGCUCGAACACGAAUUAAAUAAGCGAUUGCAGAAACCAAACGAAAAGGACACGACGUCGAAGAUCGCCGAAAGAGCGCACGCCAACAUGUCCCGCGAGCUGCAGAACCUCCGCACCGACACCGUGGAGGGCGCCGCCGCCGCGCGCCGCUCCGCCGCCGACCUCUACGGGGCGCACACGCUGCCCAUCAAGAAGCGCUCGCUGGCGCCCGCCGCGCCCCCGGCCGCGCCCGCGCCCCCGCUGCCGCUGAAGAAGCGCGCCGUGCAGCACUCGACGCCGCUGCGGCUGCGCGCGCGCGCCCGCCUCAGCGCCGCCGACGUGUCGCCCAUCGCGCCGCGCAGGGCCUCCCAACAAACUGACGAGACCACCGAACCACAACCAAAAAAUCGAAGAGCCAUGAAACUCGAUGUAUCAAAAACAGUUGACAUUGAAAAGCCUUCACCAAAGAGGACUCGCGGGAGGGGCAAAGUCGCACCUGAAGCCAAACCUGUUACGCGUGCUGAAACUAAAGGUAAACAACGUGGCCCUAAAUCUAAAACUAAAAGUUCCAGUGUCACUAAAAAGAAAAGUCCAGCUAAAGCGAAAAAAUCCAGUCCUGUUAAAACGAAAAUAAUCAGCCCGGUUCCAACUAAAGUAACCAGAUCUCGUAAAAAGGAUGUUUUAACACCCUCAACUCCAGUAUCGAACACAAAGAAGCGCGGAGCUACAUUGAUCGUGGCUAAGAUAUCCCCCGUCAAGAGCCCGAAGCCGAGAGCCACGAGGAAGCGAAAGGAGCCGGAGACCGCACCCACAUCCCAACCUAGCCCUAAGAAAACACGCGCGACACGUCACGCCGAGGUCAAACUGAAUGUCCAGGCUAAAUCACCGAAGAUCACCAGAGCUAAAGUUCAGAAGAGCACAGUUGUGGUAAGCAAGCUUUCGCCGCAGUUGAAGCCACGCGCUGCUAAACCUAAAACAUUAGCGACACAGAAAGUGGACACUAGGAAGCCACGGCGAACUGCCGCUGAGGCUAAAACAGAAUCUCCCAAGAAAUCUCAGCCUGUGACAAAAUCAAACAAAACUAAAACACAUGAACCUGAAGGUCAAACUGUGACGAAACGAGGACGGAAGACUAUUCUCGACCGAUCCAAUGAUAAGACUGAAUCUAAUGAAACCUUGACUCGAUCAAAAAGAGCACGCACAAAUGUCGUGGAUGAGCCCCUGCCCAAAAAGAAAACUACCAAAACAGAGAAGACUAGUGCCGAACGGAAAACCUUGCGCAGUCGCGGCGCCGCGCCCCCCGCCGCGCCCCCGGGCCCCGCCGCGCCCCCGGGCCCCGCCGCGCCCCCGGGCCCCGCCUCGCCCCCGGGCCCCGCC